AUCUUCCGAAUAUUUCAAUCCCUCCCACGCACUUUCCCCUGCUUUUCAACAGAGCAGUUUCUCAACUCCCAACAACGGAAACACCAUCAUCAAUUCCUCUCUCUCUCGAACGAAGAUUUCUCUUUCUAUCUCUGAGAUGGAGGAGACUAGUGCGUCGCAGCAGGGCAACAUCGCGUGCGCGUCGUGGAUCCGACGGCCGGAAAACGCGCAUCUCGUGGUGAUGGGAAGGUCGAGGCACACCAACCACCCGCCUCUUCUCCAGAUCUUCUCCUUCGAUCCCAAGACUACUUCUCUCUCUUCCAUUCCAUUGGCUACCUACGUGUUUGAAGAAGGUGAACCUGUGAGCCUUGCGGUGCACCCCAGUGGAGACGACUUCGUUUGCUCUACCACCACUGGUGACUGCAAAUUGUUCGAGUUGUAUAUACGAGAAGCAAAUGUUAAAUUGUUUGAUAAAGAAUUACUUCCACUUCAAGGUGUUGGCCAACAGAAAUGCAUAGCUUUUAGUGUUGAUGGAUCCAAAUUUGCUACUGGCGGUGUGGAUGGUCAUCUGAGGAUCUUUGAGUGGCCGAGAAUGCACAUCAUUUUGGAUGAACCAAGAGCUCACAAGUCCUUUCAGGACAUGGAUUUUAGCCUCGACUCUGAGUUCUUAGCUUCAACAUCUACUGAUGGUUCUGCCAGAAUAUGGAACACAAAUGAUGGUGUUCCAUUGGCUUCUUUGACUCGCACUGCGGAUGAAAAGAUUGAACUGUGUCGUUUUUCUAAAGAUGGCACAAAACCCUUCUUAUUUUGCACUGUUCAAAAGGGUAAGAAAUCAGUCACUGCUGUUUGGGAUAUAAGUACAUGGAAUAAUAUUGGGCAUAAGAGUCUACUUAGAAAGCCUGCUUCCGUGAUGUCCAUCAGUUUGGAUGGGAAAUAUCUUGCUCUGGGAAGCAAAGAUGGGGAUAUAUGUGUAGUUGAAGUGAAAAAAAUGGAGGUUUGUCACUGGAGUAAGAGGCUUCACUUGGGCUCGCGCAUUGCAUCGCUGGAGUUCUGUCCCAGUGAAAGAGUUGUGCUUACUAGUUCCACUGAUUGGGGAGCUUUGGUGACUAAGCUGAAUGUUCCAGCAGAUUGGAAAGAGUGGCAGAUUUAUAUACUACUUUUGGGAUUGUUUUUGGCGUCCGCUGUUGCAUUUUACAUAUUCUUUGAGAAGUCUGAUUCAUUCUGGAACUUCCCGCUUGGGAGAGAUCAACCUGCAAAACCAAAGAUAGGAGCUAUUCUAGGAGAUCCACAGUCUGAUGAUCAAAGUUUGUGGGGAGCAUUUGAACAAUUAGACAUGUAAGCAGUUGUUAGAUUCACUCACAAGAAGUCGUGGAAGGUGGGAUCGACAACUGAGUGCAAAAUAAGCGCUCAACUGACAAGCCAUUUUGAGACUCAGGAUUACAAAUUUCAAGUCUUUUACAUGUAAUUUGUGUCAUUUGGUGAAAUAUGUAGCACAGAUAAGAACUUCUGUUUGCCGUCUGAUAUAUUAUUACUUGCGAUUUCACUGUCUGAAAAUCUCCGAAUUGAACACAAGUUAUUUAGGGUUAACAUUCUUUAUAGAUUUGGUCUGUUUAUCAA